CUGCUGGAGCUGGAGCUGCCGGACGCGGAGGUCGAGGGCGACGGCGUCUUCGAGGCGCUCGUGGACGCGAACCAGCGCUGGCUGGGCCGCUACGCGCGCCUGCACCCGAGCUUCAGCGUCGAGCCGGCGCUGCUGGCGCGCAACAGCCUCUGGAUGAACGCCUUCUUCCAGAAGAGCCGCAUGACCACGAGCGCCGCGUCUCCGCAGGCCAAGAGCCUCAUCAAGAAGCACCGGGACGCGGUCGUGGAGCGGCUGCGCUCGACGCCCGUGGCGCACUCCGAGUCGCCCUUCUCCACGUGCGUCGUGGACCCCAUGGCCGCGCUCAUGUUCGCCGCCUCCAUCGACCGCUGCCCGCACAACAACCUGCUCAUGCACUGCGCGUCGAUUCGAGCGCACGCACUUCGGUCA